AUGGCUUCCAUUGGUGCACUCAAAUUCUUCCUUUACUCACUUCUAUGCCUCCUCAACUAUCUACCACUUUCUCAAGGUAAGAAGAACUGGAAUGAUGGGUACCCAUUUAUCAGGAGAGCAAGUUCAUUGGGGUCUUCAUCCAGUGGGGACUAUGACUAUAUAAUAGUGGGAGGUGGCACUGCAGGAUGUCCAUUGGCUGCAACCCUGUCUCAGAAGUUCAAAGUUCUGGUGCUGGAAAGAGGAGGAGUUCCUUUCAACAACCCAAAUGUGUCAUUCCUACAAAACUUUCACAUUACUCUGGCAGACACUUCACCAACUUCAGCUUCUCAGUACUUCAUUUCAACAGACGGAGUGCUGAAUGCAAGGGGAAGGGUUUUGGGAGGUGGCAGUUCCAUUAACGCUGGCUUCUACACUAGAGCUAAUCCAAGAUUUAUAAGGAAGGUGGGGUGGGAUGCAAAGCUAGUGAACGAGUCUUAUCCUUGGGUGGAGAAGCAGGUUGUUCAUCGCCCAAAAUUUUCAGAUUGGCAGAGAGCGGUUAGAGACGGGCUUCUAGAUGCUGGUGUGUCUCCUUUUAAUGGGUUCACUUACGAUCACAAGUAUGGCACCAAAGUUGGUGGAACCAUUUUUGACAGAUUUGGCCGUCGCCACACUGCUGCUGAAUUGCUUGCUUCCGGGAACCCUCGCAAACUUACUGUCUUCAUCCAUGCCACUGUCCAGAAGAUUGUUUUCGAUACAACAGGAAAGAGACCAAAAGCUAUUGGGGUUAUUUUCAAGGAUGAAAAUGGAAAGCAGCAUCAGGCAUUUCUGGGAACUGGCAGGCAGAGUGAGGUGAUUGUGUCUAGUGGGGCAAUUGGGACUCCUCAAUUGCUACUGCUCAGUGGUAUAGGCCCCACAGAAGAGCUUCAGAAAUUCAACAUUCCUGUGGUGCUUGACAAUGAAUUCGUUGGUAAAGGCAUGGCUGAUAAUCCCAUGAACACAAUUUUUGUUCCUUCCAAGAGACCAGUGCAGCAGUCACUCAUAGAAACUGUUGGUAUAACCAAUUUGGGUGUGUACAUUGAAACUAGUUGUGGCUUUGGGCAGUCCAAAGACAGCAUUCGGUGCCACCAUGGUCUCUUGUCAGCUGAGAUUGGACAGUUGUCCACAAUUCCACCAAAACAAAGAUCACGAGAAGCUGUUGAAGCUUUUGUGAAGAGCAAGAAAGACAUACCAAUUGAAGCAUUCAGGGGAGGGUUCAUAUUGUCAAAAGUUGCCAAUCCUUGGUCAACUGGUGAGCUCAAGUUGAUAAACACCAACGUGGAGGACAACCCUGCUGUUACCUUCAACUACUUCAGUCACCCUUAUGAUCUUAAACGCUGUGUGGAGGGUAUCCGCUUGGCCAUAAAGGUUGUCCAGUCACAGCAUGUCACAAACUACACUAUGUGUGAUAGAGAAACCGCAGAGAAAAUGCUGAACCUCACUGUGAAGGCUAAUAUCAAUCUCAUACCCAAACAUGCUAAUGACACAAAGUCACUAGAACAGUUUUGUAGAGACACGGUGAUCACUAUUUGGCACUACCAUGGUGGGUGCCAUGUGGGCAAAGUAGUAAACUCUGAGUAUAAGGUUCUUGGUGUUGACAGACUCCGUGUGGUAGAUGGCUCAACAUUCACUGAGUCGCCAGGAACCAAUCCUCAAGCCACUGUGAUGAUGAUGGGCAGGUACAUGGGACUGAAGAUUCUAAGGGACAGAUUGGGGAAAUUGGCUGGAGUUGAUAGUUCUAUAACUGUUAGCUUCAUUACAACAGUGCAGCGACUAUGGAAAAGAAUAUCUAAAACUGUUAAGAGAAAGUUGAUAUCAGGGUUCAACUUCCCAUUUUACUGA